AUGAGAAAUAGAGAAAACCAACUCCUCAAUAUCGAGAGAAAACCUUUCCUCUUCAUCCUCCACCGCCAUGCCUCCGCCUUCUGCGAACAGGCCCGAUCAAUCCUGGAGUUCAGAAAAGACAUCAAAUCCGCCCCUUCCGACCUCGUCUUCUCGUCAUGGGUGUCCCUCGCCGACGCCUCCGCCUGUCCUGACGACUUCUGUGUCCUCUGCUACGCCGCCGCCUUCGCCGUCGUUGUCGCUCUAGACGGCUUCGGUCCCACCGGAUUCCUGAAAUUCAGCAACCUCAUCCCGCUCCCAAAGUCGAAUGUGUGUAUGGUCUGA